UGUCAUUUUAGGAUGUGAGAGUUGGGGGCAAGGUGAGCUGGUUUUGCGGUGAGUGGUGUCCCCCUCCACGGCCAGCGUUGCCUGAUCAGAGGCGCGGAGCGGCGAAAGAUGAUCAUCGCCACCGGCACCAAUUCAAGCUCCGACGCGCUCUGUCCCAAUCCUCCUGCUCAGAUCUCGGGCUAUGGGGCCUUGAUCUACCUUGAUCCCAAAAUAAGCCUUUACCACCACCAUGCCAAAGGACAGAAAUCAAGAAGAGUUGCAUUUUUAGGGCAGGUAACUUUGACCACGUGCCCCAAAGGUAAACUGGAUGGCCAUUGCGCAAAGGUGCCAUUACAGUAUGUCCAGCGGGGCCAGGACGCACUGGACGCUACCGGCAGUUAUUGUACUGUGGACUUCUCUCUGGGGAAUCGUUUCAUCUUAUCCGAUUCCGAGUAGGACUAAUGCGACUUUACUGGAAAAGAAGUGGGAGACCCUCUUCUCCCGCUCCUACUUGGGUAUAACUGGGGGGAAAUCGGAGCUGAACUGGGAGAGUGACUAUUUGCAGGGCAUCAAAAGAGUGCGACGACUGUACUGCAACGUGGGCAUUGGGUUUCACCUGCAGGUGCUCCCGGAUGGCAGGAUAAGCGGUGAACACAAUGAGAACCAAUACAGUCUGAUAGAGAUCUCCACCGUGGACCGAGGAGUGAUCAGCCUAUUCGGAGUGAGGAGUGGGCUGUUUGUCGCAAUGAACAGCAGGGGAAGGUUAUACGGAACGAGAGUCUUCAAGGACGAGUGCAAGUUCAAGGAGACUUUGCUGCCCAACAACUACAAUGCCUAUGAGUCUUUUGUUUACAAGGGCUUCUACAUCGCCCUCAGCAAGCAUGGCCGUGUAAAGAGAGGCAACAAGGCCACCACCGCCAUGACUGUCACACAUUUCCUCCCACGACUAUGAGAGAAACUGGCAAUAACUUAACAAUUUGCACAUGUGGAUGUUCCUCCAGGUAAUAUAGAAAUGCAUAGUAAUGAUAUACACACCCAUGGACUGCAAAAGAAAAAACAAAUAUUUAUUCUGAUAUAUAUAUAUAUGUAUAUUUGGAUAGUUAUCUUUGUAUAUGUAUGCCAUACUGUGCUGCUUAUUGUUUUUAUGGACAGGGGAGAGUUGAAGACUUUGCCUGUCCCACUUUACCUUGGUGCUUGCUGCAACUAAACUAAAUGUCACUUCCUUUUGUUUUUUGUUGAGAUGGAGGAUGAGCUGUAUUCUGUGCUUUUGGAGAGUGAAAUGAAUACUUUUUAUUACCUCAAAGAACCACUUUACUCGAUUAAGGGAUGCAUGGAGUUCUGCUCAAAUAUCUGCUAAGUUUGUUAUUUAUUUUUUCUGCAAACCUUUAAGCGCUUGAUUAUCGAUAGCUGGCAGUGGGGGGCUUAAAUUCACUACCUUUGCUGCACGAUUUAAAGGUGCCUUGGUGUUCCCACUCGUGGCCCCCUUAAAGUUGCAUGUAAGAGACACCCGCUGGAGUCAGAAAUAGGGCUGACACA